AUGGCUACAAUCCCAAAGCCAACUGAGCCAACAACACAACAGAACACUGCAACUGGUGGUGUUGCAUCUGGUUCCCAGUCUUUCCACAAGGCUCCAAAAGUGAUUGCCCCAAAUGACUCCAACAAGCCAACAAUCGCCGUGUUGGGUUCUGGUUGGGGUGCAAUUUCCUUCCUCAAGCACAUUGAUUCAACCAAGUACAACGUGGUGAUGAUCUCCCCAAGAUCUUACUUCUUGUUUACUCCAUUGUUGCCAUCCUGUCCAGUUGGUACAGUUGAUGAGAAAUCCAUCAUGGAACCAGUCGUCUCAUUCGCAAACAAGAAGAAAGGUGAUGUCACCUAUUAUGAAGCCGAGGCUACUUCCAUAAAUCCCGACAAGAACACCGUCACCAUUAAGUCUGUGUCUAACAUCAGUACCACUAAUGGAUUGGGUAUCAAUGUUGGUCUUGAUCCAAAUGAGCUUGCUGAAAUCAAGUACGACUACUUGGUUUCUGCAGUGGGUGCUGAGCCGAACACUUUCGGCAUUCCAGGUGUUGAGGAGAACGGCUGUUUCCUCAAGGAAAUCCCAGACUCUAAGAAGAUUAGACACAAAUUCAUCGACUCUGUCGAAAGAGCCAACUUGUUGCCAAAGGGCGACCCAGAGAGAAAGAGAUUGUUGACCGUUGUCGUUGUCGGUGGUGGUCCAACCGGUGUUGAAACCGCUGGUGAAUUGCAGGAUUACAUCGACCACGAUUUGAAGACCUUCAUGCCAAACUUGGUUGAGGAAGUGCAGAUCGUCUUGAUUGAGGCUCUCCCAGUCGUGUUGUCCAUGUUCGAGAAGAAGUUGACCACCUUUGCCGAAAAUGUCUUGAGAGAAACAACCAUCGAGUUGAAGACCCGUACUGCAGUCGCCAAGGUCGAGCCGGAAUAUUUGAUUGCAAAGACCAAGGCUGAAGAUGGUACUGUUGAGGAGACAAAGAUCCCAUACGGUGUUCUCGUGUGGGCUACAGGUAACAAACCAAGAAAGGUUGUCACCGAUGUCUUCAAGAAGAUCCCAGAACAGAACCAGGCUAACCGUGGUUUGAUCGUUGACGAAUACAUGAGAGUUAAGGGUACAAACAACAUGUUUGCCAUUGGUGAUAAUGCCUUCGCCAAAUUGCCACCAACAGCGCAAGUUGCUCACCAAGAAGCCGAGUACUUGACAAAGACAUUGAACAAGAUGGCCAGAAUUCCAAACUUCCACCAAGAAUUGCAAAGCAGAACCGAAAAGGUUGAUUUGUUGUUCCAAGACCAUGGCUUCAAACCAUUCAAAUACGUUCACUUGGGUGCCUUGGCUUAUCUCGGUGCUGAGAAGGCCAUUGCAAACAUCACAUACGGUGCCAAAUCCUUCUACUCCGGUGGUGGUGUCAUCACUUUCUAUAUCUGGAGAGCUCUGUACUUGGGUAUGAUCUUGUCAUGGAGAUCUAGAUUCAAAGUUGUUGCUGACUGGGGUAAGAUUGCCCUUUUCGGUAGAGAUGCCUUCAAGGAGUUGUAA